AUGCAGCUCCUUUCUCUUUUCACCUCUGUGUCCCUCGUGUCUGCGGUGGUUUCAUCUCCGACAGUAGGCUUCAAGGCAAUCAUGGCCCGCGCGGAUGAUCGGGGCAACGAAACGAUCUCUGGGCUCGGGGCUCGCAAGCAGGCGGUGGUGGACGCUGGUGGCAACACUCGUGAUCUGGCUAUUGCGAUGUUAGAGACCAAAUCUAUGACCACGAAUUACAUAUAUGGUGAUGGCAAGACAGGCGACGGCACAAAUUUCGGCGUGUUUAAGCAGAACUGGUAUAUCCUGAGACAUUCUGCAGCUGAAUUCUUAGGCGAGACCGUAGAUCAGGUCGAUGAUGGUGCUAUUCUUAAUUCGGAUCUGUCAAAGGACAUCCAAGCUCGUCAUGAUGGCGAGGAGCACUACGGGUAUGAGACUUGGUUUAGUGGCCAUCGCAAUGGAGAAACGGGCAUUAAUAACGUGGGCACGGAUGACAUCCAGGCAUAUAUCGAUGCCAUUGCAUGGAUUCAGCAGCAGAUCGAGAGCGACGACAAAUACCUGAGUGACGAUACGCGCUUCUGGGUUGAUGUCGUUGCCAUCUAG